UCCAGUUUCCGCGGCUGUUUUUUUUAUAAAAAGAUUGAAAUUGCACCAUGGAACAACAGUAGAAAAAACCAGCUUUUUGCGUUAUCUUCUGCCUCACAAUCAUAGCAGAAGUCUCACCAUUCUUACAUCUCUUGCAGAAAUCUCAGCUUUAUCUUAAGGAAACCAAACAAUUCACCACAAACUGUUGGAAAACACAAGUUUGAAAGAACAAAAAUGUUGAAGAGCAAAAAUGCAACCACGAAGAUGAUGGCGCUUGUUGUAGACGAUAACAUAGUCAACCAAAGAAUUCACCACAAACUACUGGAAAACUUUGGCAUAGAAAACCAGGUUGUAGGGAACGGGAAAGAAGCCAUUGAUGUCCACUGCUCUGGGAAACAUUUUGACCUUAUUCUCAUGGACAUGGACAUGCCUGUCAUGAAUGGCAUUGAGGCAACGAGGAUGCUGCGUGCGAUGGGAAUUCGAAGUACGAUUGCAGGUGUUUCGUCGCAUUCGUCUCUCAGUGAAGACACGCGAGAAUUUAUAGAGGCAGGCUUAGAUGAUUACCAAGAGAAACCAUUAACUCCUGCUAAGCUAGUUUCCAUCCUCCAUAAGGUUAAUCUCCAUGUUUGAAUUAAUUAUUAUUUCAAGGAUUCAUUAGUAUUAAGAAAGGAAAAAAGCUCAUGUACUUAAAUGUAACCCUCUCACCAUCAAGUAGUUCUUGAAAUCAUUAUUGUUUAAGUGUGAUUAACAAUUGAGAGCAGCUGAUUAAUCAAUAUAUAUAUGACAAAGUUUUACUUUUACA